CGUCUUUAAAACCAGCUGGAAACACACGCACACGCACUCAUUCACCUGCUGUUGUCUACCGAGUGAAGAUGUUCUGCAGACGGGCAUUGCAAAGAGUCGGGCCGCUGGCAUGGAGGGCUUUCGAACCAACGUCCAGAAAUGUGCGACACAUGGCCUUUGGGGUCCCUGGUGGCUCAUCCAACAUGGCGUACUUUGUUCUGUGUGGAGGGGGCCUCACUGCUGCAGUCAUCUAUGCCUACAAGAAAGUCGGCGGUGAUGGUGAGGACAAACUCGCCAACACGGCCUCCACAGCAAAGGCACCAGAAGUAGCAACUCCUGCAGCUGAACCCGCCCCAGUAGAGGAGGCAGUGCCGGCCCCCGAGGUUGUGGCCGAGGUCGUCGCCGAGUCUGUUCCUGCUCCUGCAGAACCAGUAGCCGAGGCCAUGUCUGAAGAAGCGGCUGCGGUGGUUGUUUCAGAGCCAGCAGCAACAGAAGAAGCUGCUGCUCCACCUGCAGCGGUAGAGGCUGCUCCCGUCACCAAGGAGGUCGCUGCCACAGAGGAGAUGCCAGCAGAAGCCCCUGCAGAAGAGAGUGCCGGUAUGGCAGUAGUAGAUGAAGUCCUUCCUGCUCCUGCUGCUAAAGCAGAGACUGGCUCUGCAGCCCCAGAGGCUGAGGCCACCCCUGCUGCAGAGGUGGCUGCAUAAAGCUGUGAUGGUGCUAUAGAUUCCCAGGAAGUAGGGCUUGGAGUUAGUUGUGCUGUGUCCCACCUCUCUGGGCCCAGGAAAAAAAGGACUCAUGAAACCCUAUUUUGAUAAAAGUGGGUAAUUCACUUCUGGUUGUUUUUAAUGAAUACCAGUUAGGGGUUCAUUAGUCCGGUUUUUGGGCACCUUCCUUCCCUUACCUAAGACCCAAACUACAACAUUUGGCAUUAGGCUGUCUGUUUAGAUUCAGUUUGGAAAAUUGAAUUUCUAUAGGAAUUUUUUAUAACUA